AUGUUAAUUGAAAUCUUGAGAGUCCUGAAAGUCGAGAAUCUUCUUCUUGACGACAACGACAAAAUUCGAAUAAUAGAUUUUGGACUGAGUAAUUUCAUCGGGAAUCUGGAACGAGAAACCGAUCUUCGGGAUGCUAAGAAGAGGGAACGGGAUUUCUCAAGCCGCAAACAGGCGGACGUACGCGCUAGCCGGAGAGUGAGCCGAACCGUCGGAGGAAGGAAUGGCGCAACGGGUGAUGAUAGUGGGGGACCAGGUAGACCAGGUGAGCCCAAGGGCGUGGCCAGGGCGCGGCUUCCUUCUGAUGACGGGACCAAACGAAGGACCAGAGGAUCUUCUCUUCGCGAGGACAACGGCCAAGAAACGUGGCGCGAAAGAGCGGGACUGCAGCGGAAAAGCAGCAAGGAACACUCGAACAUGACUAGAUCCAACCCGAAACAAAAUGGCGUCCGAGUUAAUGGAGGGAAUGUUCGAUUUUCUGGACAAGACAUACACCGUCGGUUGGGCGCCGAAGAGCAGGAUUCGCCAGAAAAGAGACGGAAUAUGCUGAGGAAUAGAACAUUGGAUGUAUUCGGGACUAGGGAUUUUGCGGGAACGCUUUGCGGGAGUCCUGCCUAUGCAGCGCCUGAGAUUAUUGCCAGGAAGCGAUAUGGCCCCAAAGUGGAUGUAUGGAGCAUGUAA